CUCUCUCUCUCUCUCUCUCUCUCUAUCUAUCUAUCUAUCUAUUUCUCUCUAUCUCUAGAGGGAGCGUGAUGUGAUGUGAUGCGCUCCGCUCCAAGACCGGAUCUUCUGUCGGAGGAUCCUCCACGCCGCCGCCGCCGCCGCUCGGCUCGUGAAUGGCCCUGACAUGGAGGAAGUCCCGUUUCAGAAAGUCAGGACGCGGCGGAAGCGGAGCCGCCACUGUCCGCCCGGUGUGCCCGCGGCCGCGAUCGCGUGCGAGGACGAGUUCGACUGCAAGGAGCUCGAGUCGCUGUUCCGCACCUACAACCUGAAGUUGGAGCAGACCUCCGCGCUCAAGGCGCUCGCUGUGCUCGCGGUGCUGGCGUGCGCGCUCGCCGCGCUCGAGGCGCUCUCCGGCCCGGGCCUGGCCGUCGCCAAAGCGUCGCAUCCGGCGCACGGCGUCGUGUUCGCGUCGCUCUUCGUCGUGGCGAACGUCAAGUACCUGCGCGUGGCGCAGCUGCAGCAGAUCGUCAGCCUCGCGCUGCUGUUCGCCUUCACCUUCGCGCUGCUCUGCUGCCCGCUGCCGCCCGUGACGCCCAGCUCGCACGCGCAGACGACCACGACCACGACCACGACGACCACUACGAACACACCGACGCCCGAGCAAGGGGUCUGGCAGCUCGCGCUCGUCACCUUCGUCGCGUACGCCCUGCUUCCGGUGAGGACCCUCAUGGCCGUGACCUUCGGCAUCAUGGUGGCCAUCUCGCACAUCGUGGUCACGGCGACGUCCGUUACCGCCAAGACGCACAAACUCUGGAGAGCGCUGGUGGCCAACACUGUGCUCUUCACCAGCGUGAAUCUGUCCGGUCUGUUUGUUCGAAUUCUCACUGAGCGUGCUCAGAGGAAGGCCUUUCUGCAGGCACGCAACUGCAUUGAGGAGCGACUGCGCAUGGAGGAUGAGAACGAAAAGCAGGAGCGACUGCUGAUGAGCCUUUUGCCCAGGAAUGUGGCGAUGGAGAUGAAGGAAGACUUCCUGAAGCCUCCAGAACGGAUUUUUCACAAGAUCUACAUCCAGCGCCAUGACAACGUCAGCAUCCUGUUUGCAGACAUCGUGGGCUUCACCAGUCUAGCUUCGCAGUGCACGGCUCAGGAGUUGGUGAAGCUGCUCAAUGAGCUGUUCGGAAAGUUCGACGAGCUCGCCACAGAGAAUCACUGCAGGCGCAUUAAGAUCCUGGGUGACUGUUAUUACUGCGUAUCAGGACUGACCCAGCCCAAGACUGACCACGCCCACUGCUGUGUGGAGAUGGGCCUCGAUAUGAUCGACACCAUCACGUCAGUGGCGGAGGCGACGGAGGUGAAUCUGAACAUGCGUGUGGGUUUACACACGGGUCGUGUGCUCUGCGGCGUUCUGGGCCUCAGAAAGUGGCAGUACGACGUCUGGUCCAACGACGUGACUCUGGCCAACGUGAUGGAGGCUGGGGGGCUACCUGGGAAAGUGCACAUCACCCGCGCCACGCUGGAGUGCCUGAAUGGCGACUAUGAGGUGGAGCCAGGAAACGGGCGUGAGAGGAACGCCUUUCUGCAGAAGCACGACAUUGAGACCUUCUUCAUAGUGCCGUCUCACCGUAGGAAGAUCUUUCCAGGACUGAUCCUCUCCGACAUUAAACCUGCCAAGAAGAUGAAGUUUAAAACGGUGUGCUACCUGCUGGUGCAGCUCAUGCACUGCCGCAAGAUGUUCAAGGCUGAGAUCCCUUUCUCUAAUGUGAUGAACUGCGAUGAUGGGGACAAGAGGAGAGUUCUGCGCUCGGCUCCGGAGAAACUGCGUAAUCGGGCCGUGGUUUCGGCCAACGUGACCCAGAGCAGCCCUGGCACACGGGUCAACCGCUACAUUGGGCGUCUGAUCGAGGCACGUCAGACAGAAUCUGACUCGUCUGACUUGCAUUUCCUCACGCUUAUGUACAAGUGCUCAGUGCGGGAGAAGAGGUAUCACCUCAUCCACGAUGAGUACUUCAUGGGUGCUGUGGUGCUUUCGCUAAUCCUCGCCUCCUUGCUGGGCAUUGUCUACCUUCUCAUCAUUCCUCAGGGGACAGUGGUGUUGGUGCUGCUGGUUUUCUGCAUCUGUUUCCUUCUAGCUUGUAUCAUGUACCUUCAUGUCACUAAAGUACAGUGUUUUCCCGGGUGCCUCACCAUUCAGAUCCGCACGGCCCUGUGUGUGCUAAUAGUGCUGCUAAUCUACGCUGUGGCUCAGGCGUGUGUGGUGGGCUGCAUGCCCUGGCUCUGGACUUCCACCUCUAACACCUCCAUAGUGAUCAUAGACAUGGUGGGCGGAGCUAACCACACCAUGCCGGAGCUACCGUGUGACGGGGUGCAGUACGCCCUCCUGGCCUGCGUGGUAGCCACGGUUACCAUGGCACUGUUCCUCAGAGUGUCCUGGCUGCCCAAGCUCCUCCUUCUCCUGGUGCUGGCCGUCAGCUUCAUCACCGUGCUGGAACUGAGCGGAUAUCGCCGGACCGUGACCGGAGCUGGUGUAGGUUCACUGAAUGUUCGCUCGUAUGAGCCGAUUCUCUCCCUGCUGCUGUUCUCCAGCGCUCUGGCCCUGCACUCACGCCAGCUCGAGCUCAAACUGCGCCUCGACUUCCUCUGGGCCACACAGGCUGAAGAAGAGAGGGACGGUAUGGAGAAGGUGAAACUGGACAACAGGAGAAUUUUGUUUAAUCUGCUCCCGGUUCAUGUGGCUCAGCACUUCUUAAUGUCCAACCCCAGGAACAUGGAUCUGUAUUACCAGUCGUACUCGCAGGUCGGUGUGCUCUUCGCAUCCAUCCCGAACUUCAACGACUUCUACAUCGAGCUGGAUGGGAACAACAUGGGUGUGGAGUGCCUGCGUCUUCUCAACGAGAUCAUCGCCGAUUUCGACGAGCUCAUGGACAAGGAAUGUUACAAAGACAUAGAGAAGAUCAAAACGAUCGGCAGCACAUACAUGGCAGCGGUGGGUUUGGUUCCCACUACAGGAAGCAAGGUUAAAAAGUCAACAUUAGCCCACCUCAGCACAAUUGCAGACUUUGCCAUCGAAAUGUUCGACGUCCUGGAUGAAAUCAACUACCAGUCUUACAACGAUUUCAUCCUGAGAGUAGGUAUAAACGUAGGUCCAGUGGUGGCCGGGGUUAUCGGGGCCCGUAGGCCUCAGUAUGAUAUCUGGGGCAACACGGUGAAUGUGGCCAGCCGUAUGGACAGUACUGGAGUCCCUGGGAAGAUCCAGGUAACUGAGGAAGUCCACCGGCUGCUGCAGACCGAUUACGACUUGGUGUGUCGCGGCAACAUCAGCGUAAAGGGUAAAGGUCAAAUGGUGACCUACUUCCUGGAAGGCAGGUCUCAAAACGCAGGUCCAAGGGCUCCCGAGCGCCGCAGGAGCACGUACAUUAUGGGGCGCGCUGCAAGGGUCGGGGUCGGAUCUUUAAAAAGCACUUCCCACAACACCGACCUGGGCCGCACUGCAUCUUAUAUUGUACACAAGGAGGAUGGCGAGGAGGACCUCGAAGAGGAGAAAGGAGAGGUUUAGAGGGGGGUAGUAGGGAAAAAAGGAAAAAGUGUCUGAAGAGGCUUCUCGUACCAUUUUCUUUGGACUCGGAUGAGGGUCCAAGACGAACACCAGGCAUUCGAAGGUUCUUUGAAGGAUACGUUUGAGACGAGGAACAAGGGUAUGGAGGAAUCUGAAAGCUGGAAUUUCGUCUUCCCUUUCUAAAUGAUCGAUGACCCGCUUUCGGAAAUGCUUCGUUCCUCUUUGAUUUCAACCUGCACACUUUUAUUCUCGUCUUUUUUCAAUUUCUGAUUGGACGGCUGGGGAUUACAGAUUACGCCCUGUUUGGCGGGUGACCUUUGUGCACACCUAAAAGGAACGAUUAUUUACAAUAAUUUCAAUAUUUCAGGACUGUUUUAUUUUUAUUUAUUUUUUUGUAUGUCUUACGUAUACGCCAAGUCUACCUGAUCUGAUGUAAAUAACUUCGAUGUUCUAUUCUAGAAUUGUAUACUUUUUGUACGCUCUACAGUGAGGUUGAGUAGAGUUGCGGUGAGUGUGUGGGUAUGCAUGUGUUUGAGAUGUAAUAAUAGCACAAAAGCCAUUUUUCAAAGCAAUUUAUCGACUAAAGGCUUUAUAGGCUUUUGUUUUGUUGUUGUGGUUGAUGGUAAUUUUCAAUAUCUUUUCUUUUUUCUUUUGAGUAGCUGUUGAUUAAUCAGGGAGGGUGACCAGCACCCAAACUGCUCUACUUCAUUUGAUAUUUUUCAGGUUAUGCGACUUGCCUUGCUGCGACGACGACUUUUCUAACGUGAGAUUUGUGGAACUUUCUUAUCAGGGGCACUUUUAUUCGACGUUAUAGACCGACUUAAGACGAGUAGAUGCAACUACGAGGACACAUACGAGAACACAAGUUCGUAACGCUAACAAUAGCCCUGGAGGUGGCCUCCGAGUUGCGAUUGAUGCAUCGUUUUUUUGGUAUUGCAUUGACACAUGGAAUCGUUGAUAAACUAAAAAAGAAUACUAGCAAAUGACGGUUAGCACAUUGCGAAUAUUUCACCCAUGGACGACACGAAUUUUGAUUAGAAACGUUUGAACUGUAGGGACCGUUUGCACUCGGAGGGCAAUGACAUCGUGUUGAGCGGAGUAUUCAACCGAUAUACAGGUAUAAGAUCACAGGGUGCUUUCACAUCUACAGUGUUUGGUCAGGUUGAACCCUAUUCUCACAUGUUCUCUUCCAAUUGGUUAGUUCUUUUAGCACUCACGCUUCAGGAACAAAAAAAAUGGUGGGCUUUGUUACUUCUAAAUGAGCCCUAGUUUGAACAUAAUUCUACUCAGAUUUGACUUCACCACAAAUGAAAUCAAAUCAUGUAUUUUGGGUGCAGUCAGGGUUGCCAGGUCUCAGUAAAAUUUUCGUUGUACAACAUCUUAAAAACCAUACAAAGAAAUACGUUUGUUGGAUUUUUUUUUCAGGAAUUUUUUUUUUAUUAUUUAAAGAUCUCGAGACAUGUAAUUCCAAUUACACUAUUGUCAGUCUGAAUGAUCGUUCUGAUUGGCUGGAUGUUUAGGUAAAAGUUCAGAGCGGUGAACACACAGGUAGUACAUCCAGUUCCAUACAGUGUCAGACAGCGAUUAUUUCCUAAUGACCUUACUGAAAUCCAUGGACGAUUUUUACAUGGGGUUUAACUUAAGACGUUCUCUCGUUAUGAUUUAGAGCAGAAUUCUAAAGCUGUAUUUAAAAUAAGUAUGUAAAAUAAAGAGCUUUGAGCUUUGAUGAGUUAUUAAUGCUUGGAAGUGACCAUGGUUUUAGGUAAUAAUCCACAACUAGGUGUGAGGUCUUACCCCAUUAUAACACACUCUGCAUCAUGUCAGGCCGGUUUUCCCCUCCAUAUCCUGCAGUAACCUCAUGUAACACUCUGUACCUGUAUUUUAUCCUUUGUUAGUUUUGCUUUUGGUAAGAGUUCUCAUAAUAUAUAAAAUCUCCUACAGACUGGUUUAAAAACGGUAACCCUGGCAACUCUAAUUUGCACAAUUAUAUCAUUAGACCAAGUUUUGUGGUGCACACUGAUCCAAAAAGACAGGGAUGGAGAACUUUAGAAAUGCUGUAUGGAGAGUAUUGGAGAUUCUACAGACUUAAACAAGUGAAAAAAUAAAUAAACGCAACACAAAAAAAAAAAAGAAAUAUAUAUAUAUAUAUAUAUAUAUAUAUAUAUAUAUAUAUAUAUAUAUAUAUAUUCAGUAUAUUUUAUAGUAUAUUCAGUAUAUUUUAAUAGUCCUAUGCACUCUUUGAUUGGCUGAUUUUUUCUUGCCCUUCAGUUGGUUUAGAACUCAUAGGUGUGAAAGCAUCCUUAAAUACGAAAUAAGUACCGCAGAAUAUACAAUAGUACUAUAUUAUACUGUACUAUAUUAGAAUGGGUCUGUAAAGCUGUACAGCAAGUUGACGGACGCAAUAAGUUUCACUCUUGCCAAAUGUUUAAAGCGAAGUAUUUAUUUAUUUAUUUUUACAUUCACGAUGUCAAGCUUUUGUACCACUCACAGCUUUAUUUAACGUGAUUUUUCUGCUUCAAAUUGCCGAGUCAGCAUAAACAAUAUAGUUACACAUAGGGGUCAAGGGUUAUGUUUGUUUAUUCUGCCAUUUUCUUUUCUACAGAACACCUAAAUUGCAUAAUUAUAUGGACAAAAGUAUUGGAACACCUGCAUUUUCCAGGCAUUUGUGGUCCUUUUUAACAAACUCUUAGCACAAACUCUUAGCAUUCAUCCUUUUUAGGAUGAAUGCAAACGCUGACUGCACACCAGACCUCCUCAUCUCCCCUACAUCAGCACCUGACUUUACAACCAUCCUUGUGGAUGAAUGAGCACAAAAUCUCCACAAAAUCUAGUGGAACAUCUGCCCUGAAUAGACAAAGCAUAUUAUAAAAGCAAAUAAAUAUAGAACUGGAUGUUCAAAAAAAGCACAUAAUCUUAUGAUCGGGUGUCCACAAACUUUUGUCCAUAUAAGUGUAUAAAUUAAAUGAAUCGCAAAUAAAUUUCUUCAUCAGGAAGACAGUGUUCUCUUUCAAGAUCCUGUCUUUUCCUCAGGCAUUUUCUCAACGAAUGUACAUUUCCCUUUAAGUGUUUUUUUUUCUUUAGUUUGUUUUUAUGUGCAUGCUAAGUGUAACAAAAGCUUUUUAAUGAUAAUGGAAAUGCAUCAAAUAAUGGUUACGCAUAAUGUCCUCUGCUUUUUUUUUCCUUUUCAUAUUGGUUUAAUACUGAGAGGCUAAAAAACGACUGUUAUAAAGCACUGGGACUGGAGACUCCUUCCAAAACUGUGCAUCUCCAUCCAAAAUCCUACAGCAUAUCAAUAAUAUAUAGUGACUAUCAAAAGACAUUGGACAAGUCUUAAACGAACUCGAUAUUAAAAUUGAGUUCGACCAAACAAAUAUAUAAACGUACAGACUUUAUUCUCAUAGGGGAAAAAAACCCUUCCUUAGCACAAAACAACAGCUUGACACAAACAAAGAAAUACUUUGCUGUGCCUCAUGGAAAACUUGCCAAAGAUGUACUUCACUAGUUGGAGGUUCCAUGUCCAUCCCAAAGCAGUUUAAUAGGAUUUAGGUGCAGUGACUGGGCAGGUUGUUCCAUGAUAAAUAUCCAUCCAGAUUAAUAUGUAAUGGAGUUGAAGUAUGAAAUGGUUGCCAUGUUGGUUCUCCAAGCUUCCCUGUUCCAAAACAACCCCAAACCAUUAAAGUUUCAUGUCCAUGUGUGAGUGUGGGGGUGAGGGAGUCUGAUCACAUCUUUUCUCCUGUUCUCUGUCUUACACAGAGUUCUUCUGUUAGAGAUAAUAACAAUGUCCCAUUUGGAUUUCACAGAACUUUAUUCCACUCGUUCAAUGUCCAAUUUUGGUCUGUUUUUGCCUUUUAAACGAGUUUGCUAGAACUCAAGAAACAUGCAUCUCUCAGAAACCAUAGAUCUUUCCAGACUUUUCACAGGAUCUGGUAAUAUUAACCUGAUAAUGAGUACAAGGAACAUCAGAACGACCAGUCAGAAUCAUUACAAUAAUCAUUAUUUGAUGUGUUUUUUUUCUAUUAUUUAUUGUUUUACAAUAAUCUCUGGUGUUAUAAUAUAUAAAUAUGAUUUUGGAUGAGAUCAUUGGUUAGUUAUGGGGCUUUAAUGGUUGGUUAUGGAGCUUGAAAACCAUUGGAUGGUUAUGGGGCUUAUAAACAUUCCACAGGCUUCGUUCAUCCUGAGCGCUUUUUUUUUCUUCUUCUCCACAGCACUUUGCAUGAACUCUGAAUACGUUUUUCUUUCUCUUCUCUACCGAAUCAAUAAUGAUAUGCGUCUUUUUGAACAAACUCGGCCUGGACACGGACUUCUCGAUCUCGUCUUAGACCGGACCACGUCAAUAAAAUACAACAAAAAAAAUGUUUUGCCUUAUUUGACAUGAUCUAGUGAAUGAAAUCUUUGCCUUGAAGCUCUCUGCUCUUUGAUAUUCAGAUGUACUGUUUGUAAAACGCAGUGGUGUGUGAAGCAUCUUCUCUACAAAGCUGAGCAGUAGAACAUUUUGUAACGAAUACAGCAUUGAAGUAAAACUCUUUAUCCACU